UAUUUUUAGUUUAUUAUUAUAUUUUUUAAACGCCUAAACUAUUUAACUAAUAGUAACGUCCGAUUAAUCGUUUUAGACGGUUUUAGGUGUUAGACGUUGAGUCAUCGUCACCUAGCACCUAGCACUUUUCUUUAACUCUGGGAAUAGUUUUUUUUUCAUUGUAUUUAAAUUUUUUUUAUCAAUACUGUAUUUUAAGUUCGUUAUUAUAUAUGAACGUGUACAUAUACUUUUCCUCGUCAUAAGGCCGAUCCCUGCUUAUUAAAACAACUUAACAAGAUUAUUUUAUGAAAAGAAGUUAAAAGAACACGAGUUAGCAAUAGCGUCGACGUGUGUUCGAGAGAUCACGAGAUGUAACAAUAAAAAGCUGGUUACUUUGCUUUACAUAACAUCUCCAUCUCAAUUUCUACAUAUUCUUUCCGUAAUUUAGUUAGUCUCUUGUUUACUCAUGUCGAAAUGUGUCUCAGCUUCUCCUACCUCCCAAGCAUUCAUAUCUCUAGUUAUCUAUAUAUUUACCCUCACGUAUAUAUUGAAUCCGAUAUUCUAUGGUAUAUUCCAGAAACAAUAAUCAAUCGUAGAUGUCUACUUUUAUAGCAAAGAGUCUCGGGUCCAUUGUCUCUAUUGUAGCAAGAUUUUUCUCUUUCCGACGCCGUCCUAAGUCUAAUACAAGACCCACCACACAUAUCAGCUACUUCAGGAUGUCUAAGAAACGCCCACUUUCUUUGCAGACGGUUGAUCUCAAGGUCAGGAUGUGUUGCACUGGUUGUGUCAGGAUCGUUAGGAAGGCAAUCUCAAAACUCCGAGGAGUUGAUUCAGUAGAGGUGGAGAGAGAGAUGGGAAGAGUGAGAGUGGUGGGAUACGUCGACAGAAACAAAGUGCUCAAAGCCGUGAGACGAGCCGGGAAGAGAGCUGAGUUUUGGCCAUACCCUGAGCCUCCACUUUACUUCACAUCUACUCAAAACUAUUUUGUUGAUCCCUCAAAAGAGUUUAAAGAGAGUUAUAACUAUUACAGACACGGUUACAAUGGUACGGAACAACAUGGUAAUAUCCCUGUAGGUAGUCGUGGAGACGACAGGGUUAGUAAUAUGUUUAAUGACGAUAACGUCAAUGCAUGCAGUGUCAUGUAGCUGCUUAAAAACGACUGAAAACUUGACGCAAAACUAAAUACUAAUAGAAUAAAACAUGAGAAGUUCUUUUUUUUCUUCUAAUUUGUAUUGCAACAUUUUAUGAUGUGUAAAACAAAAUUACUGUUGUAAGAAAAAUCAAAGAUUCAAUGUGGAGUGUACACAAUGUCGACAUGAAGUGAUAAAUAACAAGAGAAGAGGGUUCAAAAGAGUUCAAGAGACUUCAAAAAUAAACACAGUAACUCCGUGAAUAGUAACUUCAAUUGUUUUGGUUGCUCUACAAAAAUAAACCUACUAAUAAUCUUUUAGCCACCAUUGUAAAAUUAAAGGAAAUCAAUUUUUUUCUUCUCUUUCUUGUUCUUCAUGUUCUUCAGUUUCAAGCAAGUAAACCAUUCUAAAUCUUUCUCUAACUGUUGAACCGAUGAAUAAGGUGGGAGUUUGUCCAUUGGAAAGCAAAACCUGUACUACAACCUGGAUAUAUAUGUACUCUAGGGAAAUCAGUUAAUUCAUACGUCAACAGAGUCCAACGAUCUCGAUCAGUACAUGUACACAUGAGCUGUGUAGAUACAUACACCAACACUUAAUUAAUUCACAUUCAAUACACGAACUAAAAAAUACAGUUUUCAAAUACAUUGACCAAUUGUCCUUUACUCAACAUUAUUUUUCUGUUUUUAAAUAUUAAUUUAAAAUAAUUAAAAUUUAUUAAUCAGGAUUUAUGUAAAAUUAUAGUUUUGUAAGUGCAUAUAUUAAGAAUAUUUAUGUAAUAUCAAUUUAGAAAGAAUUACAUUUCAUUUAAAAAUAUAUCAGGUAAAAUUUAUUCUGGUACAAUUCAUUUUAUUUUAAGUUUCAUAAUAUUAUCUAAAUUUUUGAAAA